AUGAAGCUGAAGGACUCAUUACUUGCUUCUCACAGUCAACAGGAGAACUGCUCAGGUUGGCUUGAAAGCAAAAAAGAUUCCCUGACCAUUACAAAUCCAGGCUCCAAAAUGAUCCAAGCUCUCUUGGUAACUAUAUGCUUAGUGCUUUUUCCAUAUCAAGGGAGUGCUACAAUCUUGGAAUCCGGGAAGGUUAAGGAUUAUGAAGUAGUGUAUCCACAAAAAGUCCCUGCAUUGCCCAAAGGAGGAGUUCAGCGGCAAAAGUAUGAAGAUAUCAUGCAAUAUGAAUUUAAAGUGAAUGGAGAACCAGUGGUCCUUCACCUACAAAAAAAUGUACGACUUUUUUCCAAAGAUUACACUGAGACUCAUUAUUCCCCUGAUGGCAGAGAAAUUACAACAAGCCCUCCAGUUGAGGAUCACUGCUAUUAUCAUGGUUACAUCAAGAGUGAUCGGGACUCAACUGCAGCCAUCAGUGCAUGUGAAGGAUUGAAUGGGUAUUUCGAGCAUCAAGGUGAGAUGUACCUUAUUGAACCCCUGAAGACUUCUGAUAAUGAAGCACAUGCAGUCUUCAAAUAUGAAAGUUUGGAAAAAGAGGAUGAGACCCCUAAAACCUGUGGGGUAACCCACUCUACUUGGAAAUCAGAUGAGCCUAUCAAAAAGACCUCUAGGACAUCCGCUACUCCUGAAGAAAAAAAUGAAUACUUGCAGGCUGAAAAACAUGUUGAGCUUUACAUGGUUGUGGACAAUAUAAUGUUCAGGAAGUACGACCGCAACUUCAUAACUCUAAGGGAAAGAGUAUUUGAAAUACUCAACCAUGCAAAUAGGUUUUUCAAACCUUUGAAUAUUUAUGUAGCAUUGAUUGGUCUAGAAAUUUGGUCUGAUGAAGAUAAGAUUACAAUCAAUGCAUCAUCGAGGCACACUUUGAUGUCCUUUGCAACAUGGAGACAGUCAGUUCUACUGAAGCGCAAAAUGAAUGAUAAUGCUCAAUUACUCACGGGUAUGGUCUUUGAGCACGGAACAUUAGGAUUAGCUUACACAGGUGGCAUGUGUGAUUCUUUCAGUUCUGUAGCAUUAAUUCAGGAUAACACCCUGUAUGCAAUUUUAACUGCGGGUACAAUGACCCAUGAGAUGGGUCAUAAUCUUGGCAUGGACCAUGACAAGAAUUUCUGUACUUGCAAUAAGCGACCAUGCAUUAUGAAUCCCUAUGACAGCUUUGACCCUCCCCGUGAGUUCACCUCUUGCAGUCUGUGGGAUUAUCAGUAUUAUCUCACGGCACGAGAUGCACAAUGCAUUCUCAAUGACCCCUUGAGCACAGAUAUUGUUACAACUACCGUUUGUGGGAAUGGCUUUGUGGAAGCAGGAGAAGAUUGUGAUUGUGGAGAUCCAGAGCAAUGUGAAAACGAGUGCUGUGAUGCUGCAACAUGUAAACUGAACCCUGGGGCAAAGUGUGCAGAAGGGGCAUGUUGUGAGAAAUGCCAGUUCAAGAAAGCAGGAGAAGUGUGCCGGGCAACAAAGGAUGACUGUGACUUGCCUGAACAUUGCACUGGCCAAACUGCGGAGUGUCCCGUAGAUCACUUCCACAAGAAUGGACACCCAUGCCGAAACAACUUGGGUUACUGCAUCAAGGGGAUUUGUCCCACAUUGGCUGACCAAUGUAUUGCUCUCUUUGGACCAGAUGCAAAAGUGGCUCCAGAUGAAUGUUUUGAGAAUAACCAGAAAGGAGAUGAUAUUAACUACUGCAAAAAACAAAAUGAAACAAAAAUUCCAUGUGAACCACAGGAUGUAAAAUGUGGGAGAUUAUACUGCACAGUUGAUUCAACUGAUGAGAAUUCAUGUAAAUACCACUUUUCAAAAGGAAACCCAAAUAAUGGAAUGGUUUAUAUUGGAACAAAGUGUGCAGAAGGAAAGGUAUGUGACUUUGAGAAAUGUGAUGACUUAGAGACAGUCUUUGGACCAACCAUGUAG